CAUUCAUAAUUAUAGAUGGUCCUUCUUGUCCGAUUCUCAUAGUUAACGUUCGUUUGUCACGCUUUCCAGUAAUUGUUUACAAAACCGAGUAGACUAAUUAAAAAGUUGAGAUAAUAUUUUUUUAUUCAUAGCAAGAUGAUCAACGAUGACAUUAUGCGUAAUUGGGAGAUUAAUUAAAGCGUUACAUUUAUGUGUAUAUUUCUGCUGGACGCACAAUGUUUUGCACUUUUAAUAGGUUUUGUUUCGGUUGACAUGCCAAAUAAUAUGUUUAACAGUCGAGAUUUUAUGUCUCACGUUCUUCCCGUACAGAUCUAUGUGUUAUGCUUCACAUGUUUAUGACCGAGAAAUAAAACGACAUACUUUCUUCGACCGAUGUUGCAAGAUAACAUUGCUGUCGAUGAGCUGCUUGCUCAUUGAUAUAUUGGUGGAGAAAAUUAGAGAGAUCGGUUAAACAUGGACCAGAUUAUUGACAUAGAUGACGUUGAGACUGGAAUGCGCUCUUCCAAGAGUUCGGCGAUACCUUUCAGUUGUAUCAGCUCGAACUCGAUAUGCUAUGUCGCAAUCACAGUCGCGACUUUGGCCUUUCUUGGUACCAUUGUCUUUGUCUGCAGGGACUAUAUCAAGCUACUUCUCUAUUGGAUAGAGCAUCAGAAUGCUUGGAUUAUCGCCGUGAUUUUUAUAGGCCUGUUUACAGUGGUAUCAUUUCCGAUCGUGAUCGGUUACUUGUUCCUCAUUGUUGCCAGUGGCUAUCUAUUUGGAGUAGUGCGUGGCAUGGCGAUUGUCAUACUUUCUGCUAAUCUUGGAAUAGCGAUAGCCCAUGUUACUUUGGGCUUGCUGUCCACUAGAUUGCCAAUAGGUGCCCUUCUUCAAAGUGACACAGCGAGAGCAAUACUUCGCGUAAUAUCUGGGCCCCAGGCCUUCAAGAUCGUACUGUUUGCACGGCUCACUCCGAUUCCGUUCGGUCUUCAGAACACUAUUUUUGCAGUCAGUAACAUAGGUGGUUUUCAUUACCACAUAGCCAGUGCAAUAGGUUUGCUGCCUGCGCAACUGGUCAACGUUUAUCUGGGUAGUAGUCUGAGAUCGAUGCAGGACGUAUUAGAGGACAGAUCCACAGCAGCGACCGGUUAUGUAGUGUUCUGCUUCCAGAUAUUAAUAGGAGUAUCGUUGAUGGUUUAUAUUGUACAGAAAGCACGAAAGGAGCUUCAGUUGACCUUGUUUGAAGCCGAUCUCGCGUCCAUGGCGAAUUCCCCGCAUUACAUUUUGGACGGUUUACCAGAUUCCAAAAUAAUCUUAACAAAUCUAAUUGCGUAAUUUUUUCCCUGCAUAUCAUAAGCAUUUAAAUAAUUCGUAAUUUUAUUGCGACAGCUCUGAUUUCUCCUUCUCCAUAAUUGUUAUAUUCUUAGUCUUCUGUGUAUCUUCCAGAAAUGUAUUUUGCUAAUAUUUAUCAGCAAUGUUUUUGGAAAUAUGGUCUUCUGAAUACGACGUUAUAACAGGAAUCUGUUAUCAGAAUUAAUGCGUAUUGAGUCUUACCAAAGCUAAGCGGUAAUUUUAGUACCGAAAAAGACUCGUAAAGCAUGCGUGUAUAUUUUGGUUUAAAAACAAAAAAUGAAAGGAACGAGGGGAUGACACGAAAUUGCGAACCCAGUAUAUAAAGCUUUCUUGCAAUAAGAGCACACUAUAAUUUAUAUAUCGUUCACACACACACACACACACACACACACACACACACACACACACACUUUAACAUUAAUAAUAGAGACUGAAACUUUACAUUUAUACCUUUUGUCUUCAAUCAAUUGUUUCUCUCUCUGUUCUUUAUAGUCCGAAAUCUGUUGUUAACGAUAUAUUAAUGUUCGUGCAUUUGUCUGUUAUUUUUUUCUCGUGCAAUAUAUUCCAUUUUUGUAUAUACAUUAUAUAUUGUAAAAAGAUAUACAUUAUAUCUAUAUGAUAUAAUUCUGGAAGGUGAAUGCGUCUCGGUGUUGCAGAAAAAAAGAAACGAAUAAUAAAUUUGGCAUUCUUUAACCGAGCUUGCGUGUGUAAAUAAAUUCCAAAACUCAUAGCUUCCUUUUCUCUCUGUCGUGUACUCUUGUAAACAUUUAUUAUCUGACUAGAACUUCGGAUAUAUGUAUAUCGACGUCUCGUUUCGCUCGCGUCCCGAAGCUCGAAGAAUUUCCCGUGUACAGCUGAUACUCGUUCUUCCAGCUUCGAGACUAAUAUAUAUCGUAUAUAUGUAUAUCGGAGGAAUGACGGCGGCGGCGACAUUGUCUCGUUUUUAUUCUUGCGUACAUUUUCGUUCCUAUUCUUUACAUAUUUUUUUCUAUAUAUUCUUCGUUCACUUUUUUCUUUUUUUUUACAAUUCCGUUAUCUAACUUAGCACAACUGGAAUCACAUUAUAAAAAUCGUCUCGACGUUCCUUACAUUUUAUAUAUAUGUACAAAGCUAUAUACGCGGCCGGAUAUACUUAGCAGCUAGGUGGCUUUCCUUUGUCUCUCUUAUGCUUUAUAAUAUACAUAUAAUUACGUCA